AUGAGGUCCCCGACGCUGGUAUUGGGAGCGGCAGUUGCCUUCGCCUCUGUGUCUGCAGCGGCUUGCAACGGCACCACGCCCGACUCGUGCUGUAACGUCCUCGAGGCCGCCGGUCUCAAGGUCCUGCGGCCAGACAGCGCGGCCUACAAGGCGAGAGAUGCGUCGUACUUCUCCGUCUCGGCUCAGCUGAGCCCUUACUGCAUCGUGCAGCCUACCAAUGCCGCAGAGGUCUCCCUGGCCGCCGCCACCCUCAAGGGCACCACUUGCAACUGGGCUGUCCGCAGUGGGGGCCACAUGACCUGGGCUGGAGCCUCUAACAUCGACAAGGGCGUCACCCUUGACAUGGGCUUGAUCAACCAGGUCAAGUACUCACCCUUGACCAAGCUGGCCAGCAUCGGUGCCGGCGCCCUCUGGCGCGACGUCUACUCGGCCCUCGAGGAGUAUGGCGUCACGGCCCCCGGCGGCCGCACCGCGACUGUCGGCGUCGCCGGCUUCCUCACUGGCGGCGGCAACAACUUCUUCAGCUCCGAGGUCGGCCUCGGCUGCGACAACAUUGUCAACUUCGAGGUCGUCCUGGCCAGCGGCGAGAUUGUCCAGGCCAACGCGGUGACCAACGCGGACCUGCACAAGGCGCUUAAAGGCGGCUCGGGCAACUUUGGCAUCGUGACUCGCGUCGACAUGCAGACCGUCGAUAUUGUCGAGAUCUGGGGCGGACAGGUGGUCUACCCGGUCAACACGACCGGACAGCACAUCGCCGCCUACGUCAAGUGGGUGGACAACAUCCGCAGCUACCCUCAGGGCUCGGCCGUCACCUUCUGGGCCUACACGCCCGCCGCCGGCACCGUCGUCUCGGCCGCCCUGCAGGACACGUCAAACGCGGCGUGGGCGCCCGCGUACGACGACUUCCACAACAUCGGGCCUAUCCUGCAGGACACCAUCCGCCACGACAGCCACCUCAACAUGACGGUCGAGCUCGAGGAGCCCAGCGGCUACCGCCAGGUCUGGAUCACGCUGACGGGCAAGAACGACGAGCGCUUCAUCCGGCGCGCCGUGCAGGCCCAGGCCGACUUCAUCGACGGCUGGAAGGCGACGCAGGACCCGGACUUCCUCAACUACAUCACCUUCCAGGCCAUGCCGACGCUGCUGUUUGAGCACUCGGUCAAGAAGGGAGGUAACGUCCUCGGCAUGGACCGCGAGAAGGACGACGCCAUCCUGUUCCAGAUGCAGCACAUGGUGCGCUCCGCCGAGGCCGAGGCCGAGGCCCGCAGGCAGCUCGUCGCCAUGACCCAGGAGCUCAGGGAGUACUACACGGCCGAGGGCAUCCGCGUCGAGUGGGAGUACCUGGGGUACGCCGACGGUAGCCAGAGCCCCCUGAGCACCUACGGGCCCGAGAACAUCCAGUUCAUCAGGGACGUCGCUGCCAAGUACGACCCUGAGGAGGUCUUCCAGAAGAGGGUUCCGGGUGGCUUUAAGAUCUCCCAAGUCGCCUAA